AGUGAAGUUAAACUACUGGAGGAUAAUGACACAACAGAUGAUGACUCGCCAGAUGAAGCUACGGUCCAUGAGGAGCAGGUUGCGGAUGAAAAUCGAUUUCAAGAAUUUGAAGAUCAGGCUGGGCGGGACUCAGAUGAUUUGCAUAACAAAUGCAACGAAAAGAUCGUGUCUUUGGAGAAUCAAAUUUCUAAGUUAUCCGAAGAAAUAAUUACGUUGAAGGACCACACAGCACGGUUGGAGAAGCAGAACUGGAUGCUGCAGGUCAAAAUCGUGCAGGACAAUGACAAGCGUACAUUGUUCACUGUAAACACGGAAAAAGACGGCUAUCCGUCUCCUGAGUGGCUAAUAAAAGCUUCAACCGUUGCAAAUGACAGCGAUUAUCUUUUCGUAAAGGAGUUAAUGCUAUUUUUAUGGCCAAAAGGCAUAGACCGCCAUGCCACAACAUCUGGGCGUACUUCGAACAACCCAAAAGGAGCCAAAAAGGUGCAAACUGAUACGGAGGAAACGGCCGGCCCCUCAAAGAAAGCCUCGACAGCAGCUUCGGGUGAUCCGUCUGUUCAGAUCGAUCCAGAGAAGGUGAACUUCAUUAAAGAUUGCUUGUUCCAGCGCCGGGAGAUUCUCGGUGACGACCAUGGGAUGGCAAACUCACUUGCCAAGAAGGCAGUCCAGCACAUCAAUCGGGUACUAGCGAACAACCCAAAUAUGAAGAAUAACAACAAAAUCUAAGUUUUUAUUUUCCUCUACACGCACGUUGUGUAUAAUGUUUGAAAAUGUGUCAUAAUAUUUUACCCAUAAGUGGAAUGUCAAAUAACUGACUGAACUAAGACGGAUUUUUAAUUUGUUAUCGAAUAAAAGUUGAUAUCAUCCAAAUCAUCAUUUCUUAUUGAACUUUUGAGCAAAAUGACAAAAAUAACAAAAAAUUCAAUGAGGUAUUGGUUUGUUAUUCCAUAGCUGAUAAAUAACUGAUUCAGGUAUUGAUUUGUAGUUUUAGGAAUACUUCAAUGCGUUAUUACCUUGUUAUUCAAUACCUACGCAAUAACACGUUUUGUUAUUACAGGUCAAAGUUUUCCAGUUAUUAUUCAAGUAUGCUAAUAACUGAGUGAGUUAUUCACUUAGUAUUCGUAGAAUAUGAUCGAGGUAUUAUUUUAGGUAUUUUACCUCUUAUGCAGGGCUAAAUAAUACCUCGACGAAGUAUUCAGAUAUUAUGCUCAAAAUAACAGAAUGAGGUAUUAUUGAGCAAUUUUCUCCUGCUCG